AGGACAGGGGUGGGUGGCCUGUGGAGCGCGGGCCCUGUGGUAAAUGGUAAAUUUCACACAAGGAUAAUGUUUUAUGUCUUUUCUUUUUUCUGAAUACAGGCACAGCCCUUGUUUUCAACAGCCAUGUAAGAAAGAAAUCAUUUCUUACAAACAACUCGAUUAGCGUCUAUUUCAUAAUAUUACUCGCAUUUUGAAAACAAGCCCAGGCAUGUUUUCUUUUGGCGUUAGUUUAAAGAAAACAAGCCCAGGCAUGUAUGCAUAGUCUUAACAAGCUGAAUCAGGGUGUGUUAAAGUGGCAUAAGAGAGGUUUUUAAGAAAGCUAAAGUAGAAAAAAGCACAUGCGUUAGUUACUUAGCUGAUUUCCUGCGACAAAACAGAAGCGGAGGAUCUCUAGGUAGAUGUUCACAGCUGAGUAGCGAGGAUCAAAAUGGCCACAGCGAGCCGGUAAGCAUGGACAGAGUUAGGCAGGAGCCACUGUAGCUUUAGAGCAAUGCCCCCACACAAAGUUUUGAAGAUCCCCAUCAAUCAAUAGGCAGCGACGUUUUGUACGGCGGGAGAUGCAUGCAGAAGGCACAGGCGUGCCCGUGACACAUGGUGGGGAUGUGGCGGAACAGGUGGGUUCCCUGUGAAGCGCUGGGGAGGGGGGUGAGUACACAGACACGUGCGGACACAAACGGUGGGGGGCCCUGUGAAGCGCUGGGGAGGGGGUGAGUACGCCGACACUUAGUUUCAUAGUGUGGGUGGCCUGUGGAGCGCGGGCCCUGUGGUAAAUGGUAAAUUUCACACAAGGAUAAUGGUUUAUGCCUUUUCUUUUUUCUGAAUACAGGCACAGCCCUUGUUUUCAACAGCCAUGUAAGAAAGAAAACAUUUCUUACAAACAACUCGAUUAGCGUCUAUUUCAUAAUAUUACUCGCAUUUUAAGCCUUUAAAAAGGGGUUUAAGUGGAGAUUGCACACGUUAGAUACCAUAUAAGCGGGUAUAAAACAUAUUGAAUAAUUACACUGAUCUUCAUAAAAUGUUGUAUUAAAAAUAUUUUUAGCUAAAGCUUACAUUGACAUCACGUGUUGGUAUAAAUGGAUGUUUAUGGUGUGCUCUAGCUUCUGUGAAUCCAUGCACAUGGCAAAGGCAUCCCUGCUUUUCCAACAGGGCGAGUGCGCUGAUGGUUUUAUAAAUGAAUAAAGAUAAUAGAGAUAAUAGGGGUUUUUUAUACACCCCCAUGUCAGAAAUAAAACAUGGGGAUGCUAGCUACUUCAUUUUUAAGUCUUUAAAAAAAAAAAAGGUUUAAAAUUGUGUACGUUAGGGGCUAUAUAGAUGUGUUUGGUAUCUAUAGGCUGCAAAAUAUUUGAACGAGGUCAAAAUCUUAUUGAAUAAUUAUACAGGAUUUUGUAAAGCAGUGUAUUUCAAACUACUGUUUAUAACUAAAUAUUUUAUUUUUCAUUGAGACACCGCCCUAAAAGUGUCAAGGGUGGGGGUUUGGGGGUUACAAACCAUCCAUAAAUUAGGGCCAGGACACAGCUUCUUUACUUUGGUGAGAAGUUAUCAAACCACAAUCAAGAAUGUCUGGAGUCGACUUUUACGAUGUAUCCUAUACGCCCAGCACUCAAGUCAUGAACGAAGUUCUAGAGAUCUUGACAACGGAUGAAGAGCUGGUGCCAAGCCUACCAACAAAUCCACAAACACCGGAGCAAGUGCGGAUCAACCCUGCCGAGGAGAGCGCAAGCUUAUCGACACCUACACUUAUUUGGCGAGAAGAACCAGAAACAACUUUUGAAGAGGGGAAAAAAUCCCGUCUAAAGCUCAACAAAAAAAAAAGGAGACUUUUUAGCGAAUCAGGUACUGAGAACCACGUGGCAGAGAGGGCCUUGGGAGAAACGGUGGUGAAACAGAUCACAGCACAAAAGCCUAUACAGAUUGAAGAGUGCGUAACUGCUGAGGAAACCAAUCAACAGACCAGAGAAGCACACCUCCAGGAGCAAACAUUUGAGGAAGCCCCUGGCCACAGAGAGGACGGCAGUGCUGAGGAAAGAAAACAACAGGCCCGAGAAUCACACCUCCAGGAGCAACCAGCUGCCCAAACAAUUCUCCAGAAGCCAGAGGACGCCGAAAGACAGCCCUUUAAGGUCUCAGUCCAUUUGGAAGCUCUGAAAAUCUUCAAUCGUGAGUUACAUUUGGCUGAACAACGUCUCGCGGUGUUGAAGGAGUCUGAGUCUCAUCUGUUUGAACAGCGUCUCGCAGUGCUGAAGGAGUCUGAGUAUCGUUUGGCAGAACAGCGGCUUAAGGUGUUUCAGACAAUCUUUGAGAAGUAUUAGCAAUGGCACAGAGGCAACAACCAGAGCAGUCAGGCAGGGCACACAGCACAGAGAACAUUAACACACAAAUUUUACAUGCAAUUCAAGCUAUAACUCAAAACAACAGCCCACAAGCUGCUGAAAACAUUCCAAAUGUUUUUAUAAACCCAAAUCUGCUACAGCUUGUUAACAAUAUUAACCAUGACACUAAUGACAUGCAUGAAAUGGCUGGUGAUUACUUUGAGCGGUUGAACGAGGCUUUGGCAAACCUUACCGCCGGUGAUGGUGCACUAACCCCUGCAGCAGACUCUCUUGGUUUUCUGAACGAUGCUUUAGAGCGACUAAACCAGGAAGGGGGGAAUCUUAAUGAAUCACCACUAACACCUACCUCUGAUAACCCACAAGGUUCUGACGAUGUGCAUGCUGCCGCGGCUAAUAGUAAUGAUGAUGAUGAUGGUGUGGUGACUUGUGGUCCUGACAUGGUAGUGGUGCAAAGGCCCUCCUUUAAUUGUGUCGAAAUUAGGCAACGGUUUAACUUUGCAUCCUUGCACGACGUGGACAGCUAUGAGGACUUCUAUAAUGUGUUGCUAAACUUACUUGACCAUGUAUUGUAUAGAGCUAUGCAGCUGGCUAGACCCAAUGACGUGCUUCAGCUGGAGUUGCGUGGUGACACCCUGUCUGAGGGGGUGUCCAUAAUUGCUAAUGGCGCUAGUGUCGAUCUGGACACAUUUUUGGGUAUGGUUGGGGAUCUGGUUCAGAGCAAUUUUGAAAUCCUUUCUGAUGAUACAUUGGAACUGGUGGUUCAGAUAGUUCAAAACCCAAAUGGUGGUGUCCGUAGAAAAAUAGCCACAUGUCUCAGAAAUGAGAUUUUAAGAAAAAAACUACGGCAUCUAUUUGUAAGCCACAACGUUGAGAAUAACCUCUGCUUUGCCAUUUGCUUGUCUCAGAUGUUAAACCCGGAAUUUACGUUAGAGCGGGUGGAGCAAGACGCCGUACAUUUGCAGACGUCUGUAGGCCUGGGCGUGCAGGAUAUGGUGUCUUUUUCAGACAUACAAAAGUUUGAACAACUGUUAAAGGUCAAAAUUGUUGUGUGGUACCGUAAUGCUCAGAAUGUCUUUUGCAAAUUUCAAACAAACCCAGAGCCGCAUCCAAAAACAGUGUUUUUGUACCUAGAAAACGAACAUUACUUUGGUAUAAAGUCGUUGAAAGGUUUCUUAGGCAGUGCGUACGUGUGUGCUUACUGUUACACACCUUUCACAGCAAAAGCUAACCACCACUGCAAAUACUACUGUAAUGUUUGUUUUAGUGCUGAAUGUUCUUCGCACCCUUUAAAAUCGGUAAAGUGUAAAGACUGUAGACGUAUAUGUCGGUCCGCCUUUUGUUACACAGCGCAUAAAGUCACCAAAAUGAAUAAUGCUACGUGUAAAAUGAGCGCCCCAUGCGACACACACAAGUAUUGCGAACAGUGUGGCAGGAUGUACAUCAUCAGUUCUAAAAAACCUGUGCCACAUCGUUGUAGUGUGCGGCGUUGCGUCAACUGUAAUGAUGAGCUGGUUGCUGAUAGUAGACAUGCUUGUUACAUUCAGCAAGUCAAACCUGAACAGCCGAGCGAGCGCUAUGUUUUUUACGAUUUUGAGUGCCGACAGGAUGACGGUGUACACGUCGCUAAUUUUAUAUGCUGUAUUGAUUUUAACGGGGUGCGUUGGACAGCAGCAGGUGACGGUUGUGUGGAGGCCUUUACCCGUCGGUUCCGUACCCCGAAAUACAAAGGGUACACAUUUAUUGCACACAAUUCGAAGGGUUAUGAUGGCUACCUAAUCAUGCAACACUUAAUUAAACAAGGCGUCACACCAUCCAUUAUAGCUCAAGGCAGCAAACUGCUUUGUAUCACCGAUGACGCAUUUGAACAGCGGUACAUAGAUUCUCUCAGCUUCCUCACAAUGAAGCUGAGCGCCAUGCCAUCGGCUUUAGGCUUUGAAAAUGUCAAAAAGGGCUACUUUCCACACUUUUGGAACACCGUCGCUAAUCAAAAUUAUACAGGCCCGUACCCACCACCUUUAUACUAUGGUUCCAACACCAUGUCAGAAAAGGAGAGGUCUGAGUUCAUGCAAUGGUACGCAACCGUAUCUGGAAGGGUGUUUGACUUUCGCAAGGAGAUGUCUGAGUAUUGUAUUAAUGACGUGGUCAUUUUGCGGGAGGGGUGUCUGAGAUUUAGACGCGAGGUACUCAGCUGCACCGGUCUUGACCCUUUUCAGGGUGUUACAAUAGCUUCUGUAUGCAUGAAACAAUUCUGCACAAGUUUUUUGCCCAAAGACACACUGGCUAUCACUACGCCUGACAAUUACAUUCUCAAGCAAAAGUCUUUUUCAACACCGGCAAUUCAGUGGUUAGAAUAUCUGAGCCAUCGUGACAAUGUUUUCAUACAGCAUGCUUUGAACCGGGGGGAGGUUAAAUUUGGGCCGUACUUUUUAGACGGGUAUUCAGAGGUGGGGGGUGUACGUACAGCCUUUGAGUUCCACGGCUGUCUGUUCCAUGGCUGUCCUCAGUGUUUUGAUUCAAACACCAUUAAUCCGCUCACAAAACAAGAUUUUGGCUCCAUGUAUCGAAAAUCUCAAGAAAAAAUUGAUAUUCUGCGUAGCACCUACAAUCUGCAUGUGGUUGUUUUGUGGGAGCACGAAUGGGUGAGACUAAAAAAGGAGAGCCCCGAGGUACAGACAUUCCUGCUUUGUUCUGAUUACCCAGAACGUCUGGAACCACGUGAUGCUCUGUUUGGCGGUAGAACUAAUGCUCUUCGGCUUAAAUAUAAGGUGCAAGAAGAUGAGCAGAUCCAUUACUAUGAUUUUACCAGUCUCUACCCUUUUGUGAACAAGACUAAAGUCUACCCUACAGAUCACCCCACCAUCAUCUUCCGUGACUUUGAACCGAUUGAAAACUAUUUUGGUCUGAUCAAAGCCAAAAUAUACCCACCUAGGGAUCUUUACCUACCCGUGCUACCUUACAGGGUGUCUGGAAAAUUAAUGUUUCCCCUCUGCAGGUCCUGCGCCGUGUCUGAACAUCAAGGCAAAUGUGUACAUUCUGACGAGGAGCGUUCUCUCACCGGAGUCUGGUGUAGUAUCGAACUAGCCAAGGCUGUUGAGAAGGGGUACCAGGUUGCCAAGAUUUUCGAAGUUUGGCAUUUCCCACAGCGCUCUGAUUCGCUCUUUAGCGGCUACAUAAACACACAUUUAAAGGGUAAACAGGAAGCCUCUGGGUACCCUUCAUGGGUGUCUAAUGAUUUGGACAAAGAUAGAUACAUGCAGAGUUAUUUGGAAAAGGAGGGUAUACAUUUAGACCCCAGCAAAAUUUGUGUCAAUAAAGCCAAAAGACAAAUUUCUAAACUUUUUCUGAACAGCCUUUGGGGUAAAUUCGGUCAGAGAACAAACCAAGUUAACACCGCCUUGAUCCAUGACCCGGAGCAGUUUCUGUUGUACAUGUUUUCCAAAGAGUAUGAAAUCUCACAUUUUUCAUUUAUUACAGAGGAUGUGGCCCUUGUGCAGUGGCGUUAUGCCAAGGGUUUCUCAAAACCACCCAAAUACAGUAAUGUGCUUAUAGCGGCAUUCACCACCGCUUACGCACGCCUUGAGCUUUACAACCUCAUGGACAAAUUGCCUGACAGGGUUCUGUAUCAUGACACAGAUUCUGUAAUCUUUGUGAGUCGGCCAGGUGACUGGGUGCCUCCGCUCGGGGACUUUUUGGGUGAGUUGACGAGUGAGCUGGACACCGGCGACCACAUUGUGGAAUUUGUUUCAGGGGGCCCGAAAACAUAUGCUUACAGAACACGGGGAGGUAAAACAUGCAUGAAGGUGAAAGGUAUAACACUACAUCAUACUAACACGCAGGUUGUUAACCUUUCAUCCCUCACUGAUUUGGUAGAUCACUAUGUGUCUCACAAAAAUGACCCCGCCAAGGAAGUCGCCACAACCACACAACAGAUUGUUAGGGACAAAAAAGCGUUCAUUCUCAGGAACCGCACAGUCUCUAAAAGAUUCCGUGUGGUUUACAACAAGCGAGUUUUGCUCCCGGACUUCCAGACAUUGCCAUAUGGAUACUAAACCAGUGUCAGAGGGUGAGGGUUUUGACAGCCGCCUACAACACCCCUUUUCCUGCAUCAUUUCAGGCCCUUCAAACUGCGGUAAAAGUGUUUUUGUCAAAAGACUGCUGGAAAAUGCCCAUAAUGUGUUGUCCUCUGUGCCUCAAAAUAUUGUGUGGUGUUACACUUGUUGGCAACCGCUGUAUGAUGAUAUACUUUGUAAAAUAAAAAAUGUACAGUUUGUAGAAGGACUCCCUGAAUCUUUGACUGAUGAAACGUUGCUGCCUUUACACAAAACCAAUUUGAUCAUCAUCGAUGACCUGAUGGAAACAGCCAGCGAGAGCACAGAGGUGGAAAAAGCUUUUACCAAGUAUACACACCAUAGAAACUUAAGUAUUAUAUAUUUAGUACAAAACCUUUUUUUUCAGGGUAAAAAGAGUCGCACGAUAAAUCUUAACGCCAACUACAUUGUUCUGUUCAAAAAUCCUCGAGAUAAAAUGCAAGUGAAUAUUUUAGCGCGACAAAUGUAUCCUAGACAUUCCAAGUUUUUCCUUGAAUCUUUUGAAGAUGCGACCAGAAAUCCUUACGGUUAUCUUUUGGUGGACUUAAAAGCGCAGACACCAGAAGAGUUUCGCCUCAGAAGUGGUUUGUACCCUCCAGAGUGGCCCGUGGCUUAUGUACUAAAGAAAAAGUAAUGUCGGCACGUAUUAAACGGCACUGGCCGCUUUUAAAAGCUCUAUUUGAGGGCAAUGCGCAGCAAAGACAUGCCAUUUUACAGUCGGCUUCUCCGGAACUCAUAAACACAAUUUGUGAAAUAGCUCUCAAUGUUUUACGUGGUAAUAUACCCCUAACGGAUACUCAGCUGAAAAAAUUAAGGAAACAACGAUCGAGGAUUAAACUACUUGCUAACAAAAAAAACUCAGUCAAAAAGAAGAAGAAAGUAAUUAAUCAAAAAGGGGGAUUCCUUCUACCUCUGCUGAGUGUCGCAAUACCCUUUCUAACAAGUUUGAUAACGUCACGCAGUGGUUAAGCCAUGGAGAAUGCUCAAAAGAUGUAUCUAGUACCCCAAAAACAACUGGAUAAAUUAAAGAAUCUCACUUAUACACCAGAGCCAAUCCGUCAAACUGUUGAAAAUGAAUUGGAUCAAACCAUACGCGACAUCUUAGCAAGGACUGAUGUAGGACCUCAUGAGAAGGCAAAGCUGUACACCGCUGUUUUACAAAGAUUCAUAGCUCUUGUCAAGCAAGGUGAAAAAGAAUCAACUCAAUUAACAUUAUCAUUUCCCCCUGCUGGGGGUUCCGAAUCAGAAGUCAAAGAUGGCCCAACACCCUCUAGCGGUGUCACCGAUACUGAAGAUGCCCAGCUGGUUCAGGACGUUAUACAAAGCGUGCCAUCUAGAAGCAAAAAAAAUGCCACCUACGUCUUAGGAAAAAUGGCUAAAUCCGGAAAUGUUGCAACAUGGAACGACAAAGGGGAGUUUGUCUUCAAGGGUAAAGCGGUAACCGGCUCGCAUAUGUUGGAUCUAAUAAAGAACGUUACAGCGCCUCACAAGGUUGCCGAUCAUAGACGACCCCUGGGGUGGCAAACAUUUAUUGAGGCUUUAGCCACAAUUAAUAUGCCUCUUUCUGUCAUUCCUAAUCACGGUGUACGCAGCACGAUAA